AGAAAGUAUUUGACACUGAUGUAUGCCACAGAAAGUAUUUGACUAGACACAAAAUAAAAGUAAUUAGCGGGGGAGGGGGGAGAUUUUCCGAACAACACCAGUACCGAGUCAAUGUGCCGACAGUGAGUAGCAGCAGCAGUAUAUAUAUUUUUUUAAAGAUCGAGGGGUCAAUGCAAAUAGGCCAGGUUGACAUUUUAUUAAUUAGAAUGUGAUGUCAUAAACUUCAUGUCAUAAACUGAUGGCUGCAUUGUCAAAACAUUGUCAAAACUGUCAUGAGAAAAAUGUCUCAUGAUUGUUUGCUUUCCAGACUGCCUCUCUGUGCCUCUGUUUAACCAGAAGAAAAGGAGUAGGCUGCCUUUGACAUCCAAUCCCUCAGAGAAGAAAUUCUGUUCCGGCAAUGAAUACAUGCCUACACACAGCUCUGCUUCAUCCAUCAUCAACACAUCAGGUAACACAGGCUAUUACCAAGAUCAAGCCCCAAGGUGUCCUGCACCUGCUGUUCAGCACAAUCAGUGCAGCAGACAAAGCAACCAGCAGUCUCAACAAAUGUCUCAGUGUCCUAACAGUCAACCUGUUCCGGUACCUGUGGGGAGAAGCUUUGCACCUUCACACCCAUACAACACUGGGAAUACAGGUCUGCAGAUGGGACAGCCACCAGUGAGGCAGGACUCAAGAGCCCCUACAAACCCCAGACAGAGCAACUACAACGCCCCUUGCAGCAGUGGGAACACACAGAGCAAGCCGGUAUCCCCAAGCAGCUACUCUCAGAUGGGUCAGCAGCAGUCAGGUUACAGACAGAGACAGGACAACCCACCAGAGCCUCCUCUUUACUCCCAGCAGUCUAAACCCACUCCCCCUCCAAGCAGACCAAGUCACGGUCCUGGAACACAGAAGCAGAACACAUCCUGGAAGUUUAUAACCACCACCAACACUGGGCCACAGAAACAACUGAUGGAAGAUAGUAGAGACACAUAUCAAACUCAAAAUACCUCUCAGUCUCAGGUACAACAUGUCAAACCAGCAACUGAGAACUCUCUGAGGAUCCUGACUGCUGUCAUUGAUGGCAUUAGACACUGGAUCCAUUUCAAGGGCAGAGCCCCGUACCUAUUUGAGAUUUUCGCCACUCUUGACUCUGUAGUCACCGCCGGGUCUCAUGGAGCUAAGAACUUCCUCAUGAGAGAUGAGAAAGAGGUGGUGCAGUGUGUCUUCUAUGAAAAUGAGCUGGCGUUGCCCAGGCUGAUCCGAGGCCAGGUGCACCGCUGUGUGGGGAACUACGACCACACCAGGGACACCCUCACCUGUGUGUCUGUCAGGGCCGCUCUGCCCUCAGAGCAGAGGAACGCACAUGAGUCUAUCAAAGCCUCGGAUGCUGAGAUGAGGGACCUGGUGAAAUCACUCAGUGAAGUCUGAUCAGCAGCACAGAAACACAUAAGGGAGCUUCCAGCAACUGUUCAAAGGCAAAACAAUUGUCUUUGCCAAUGGGUUCUUGAGUAUCACUACAUGGCAAGUGCUCUCCACUAUUAGAAACUGUAUAUAGAGUCCUACUGUAUGUAGAUCCUUGACAUGUCUGAAGAUUCUCCAGGGAUGAGUAGUACGUGAUACCCCUAUUUUAUUUUUGAAAGAAUAUUCUGAACUGGGCAGUUCAAGUGUAUACAGUUUCACCUGCUUGCCUGUAAAGGGCGCCAUCUGUUUGUGACAAGCAACAUAUUAAGAUUGUGUGUUUAUGAAUUUCCCAAUGUUAAAUAUGUACGUGCAUCUGUAUAUCAUCAGAUUACAGGUAAGAUAUUUCAUAUUUUUCUUGUGUAUAUAAUACUUAACACAUAAAAAAUGUAAUAUGUGCAAUUCUGGUUUUGGACACAAAAUAAAACCCCCUUCUCUUCCUCAGUUAAAUGUUUAAUUACAAAGAAAAUUCACAGAACAGCAAACAUUGUUAAGAGGGAAGUUUCAGAUAAAACAAACAUUGUUGAUGUAAUAAGUCAAAUUAUAUAUUUGGGGGGGGGGGGGGGGGGGGGCAG